AAACUACCUUGUUGUUCCCUGCUGAGUGUCCAUGUCUUCUUGUUGUCAACCCAUGGCUUGCCGCGUCGCUUCAGUGAGGAGACAUCAACUCUACAGAAGAAAGGAGGUAACACCGAACGUGAAUGAUGCAAAAUGGAAAACCAAACUGGUAGAUCACAGGCAGAGGUACAACAUUGUUGUGUUUGGAGCAAUUGAUGGUUUUUCAAAGAAGAUCUUUUACUUGGACACAGCUGGCAACAACAAGGCAGGGACAGCUUUUUGUUUCUUCAUGGAUGUGGUUUGUAAACAUGGAUGGCCAUCAAGAGUUCAAGGUGAUCACGGGGUUGAAAAUGUGGACAUUGCAAGGUGCAUGUUUACGGUUCGAGGUACUGGACGUGGCAGUUUCAUUGCUGGGAAAAGUGUUCAUAACCAGAGAAUUGAACACCUAUGGAGAGAUGUUUGGAGUGUGACUUCAAAAUAUUACAACAUGCUCUACAGUUUGGAGGAAGAGGGUCUCAUUGACCUGUCGAAUGUGGUCCAUCUGUUCUGUGUGGGCUAUGUCUUUAUACCACGACUACGAGAAGAUCUGCAGGUUUUCGACGAGAGUUGUAAUUCUCAUCCCUUGAGGACAGAGAGAAACCUAACACCCAGUCAACUGUGGAUGAUCGGUAUGCUGCAGGAACCAGUGUCAGAACCAGAUCUGACAGAGAUUCAGCAUGCUGAGGAGCUGCUGUCCCAAGAACAGCAAAGUGAAGAAGUUGAACAUGGGGUCAAUGUGCCUGUUCUUCAGUGUCUGCUGUUCUUCAGUGUCUGCUGUUCUUCAGUGUCUGCUGUUCUUCAGUGUCUGCUGUCAGCUGAAAAAGUGCAUGCACUUUAACAA